AUGAAUGCGAUCAAAACUACACUCGCAGAGAAUCUCGGCGGAAUCGCUGGGUCUUUCGCACCUCAAUCUGGCAAAUUCAGCCUGGAAGAGGUACCACAGCUAGACGGCAAAGUCGCCCUGGUCACCGGCGGCUCUGAGGGCAUUGGCUACGGCUGCACCCAUACUCUUCUCUCAAAGAACGUCUCCAAACUGUUCAUCAUCUCAUUAUCAAAAGACAUCGCCGACGAUGCCAUCAACGCCAUCAGAGAAGAAAUGGGCGAAGCUUCCGCGAAGAAAGUUAGGUGGCUCUCAUGCGACCUGUCCGACUGGAAUGCAACCGGCAAGAUCGCACAACAGAUAGCAGGAGAAACAGACAGACUCGACAUCCUGAUCAACGGCGCAGCCAGAGGUAUCAUGAGCUACCAGGAAGCGCCCACCAAUGGUAUCGAUCAGCACCUUGCAACAAACCAUUUUGGCCAUGUUGUUCUCACAAGCCAUCUCCUACCGCUUCUGGAGAAGACUGCUGAUGCAGGCAACACGGUCCGUGUCGUAUGCAUCUCGUCCAACCUUCACGAGAGUACACCAAAGGAGACACAAUUCGCUUCGAUCGAGGAGAUCAAUAAGGAUUAUGGUCCAAAUGCGCAAUAUGCACGCAGCAAGCUUGCCAACUUACUGUAUGCGAAAUAUCUCGCUCGCCAUGCUUCAUCUGCGCACCCGAAUCUGCUCGUAAACGCUAUACAUCCGGGCAUUGUCGAGACACGUCAGACGUCCGAGCACAUUCUCGAGGCAUACCCACUCGGCGGCUACGCGAUGAAGUACGGCAUGGCGCUCUUCAAGAAGACGCAAUUCGAGGGUUGCGUCAGCACCAUGUUCGCUGCAACUACGACAACCAACACGGGUCAGUAUAUCUGCCCGCCAGCAAUCGUGGAGAAGGGCAGCGAUAAGGCGAACGAUAUGGAGCUGAUGGAGCAGUUGAUGAAGAUUACGAAGGAGAUCGUCGAGCAGAAGACGGGUGCGGAGGAGAAAGGAUGCCCUAUGAGAGCUGCUUAG